AUGGAAGAUGACAAGAAGCAAACUCUAAAUCAAAAUAAGCCGCCAAAGUUACGAAGUUAUUUCGACGGAGUCUCCAGUGAUGAUACAUCCAAGGAUGCGCCAUGGGCCGUGACCGAUACCAUGUCACUUCGGUCAUCUAUUCUCAACUAUAAAUGGGAGUAUGGACGGCGAUAUCAUGCUUUUCAAUCGGGCACCUAUUGGGCCCCUAAUGACGAGAGGCAACAGGAAGCGGAGGAUCUGGUGCAUGAGAUGUAUCGUCUUGUCCUCGGCGGUAGACUUACCUCGGUACCAUUGGACAAUGUCGAGAAUGUCCUCGAUGUAGGCUGUGGAAAUGGGGUUUGGGCUAUUGAGUUUGCCGAGGAGAACCCCUCCACUCAAGUGAUGGGGGUAGACCUGUCACCAAUCCAGCCAUCCUUAGUUCCACCCAACUGCAAGUUUGAAAUUGACAAUGUCAAUGACGACUGGAUCUACUCCGAGCCGUUCGAUCUGAUACAUGUCCGGGCUAUGACUGGGUGCGUACCAGAUUGGGUAGAGUUUUAUAGAAAGGCACUUAGCCAUCUUAAGCCGGGCGCAUGGAUAGAGCAGAUUGAGCUGUCCAGUUUCGCUCAAUCCGACGACAAUUCCCUACCCGAAGACUCGGCCCAAAAACGCCUAGCCCAGGAAGCCGGAUUUACGAAUAUCCAAGAACGCCGGCUCAAGAUACCCAUUGGAUCGUGGCCCAAGGAUGCCACAUUGAAGCACUGGGGUGCCUGGAAUAGGCAGUUCCUGCUGCAGGGGCUUGAGGGGUUUUCUCUCAAGGGUUUGACUGAUACCCUCGAGUGGAAAUAUGAAGAUGCCCAGUUAUAUCUCGCGGGCCUUCGCAAAGAGCUAAUGGACGUCAAGCUCCACUCUUAUAUCGAGCUGCUUGUCCUAACCGCGCAAAAACCAAUCUGA